AUGGCCAUGGCACUCAGGUUGAAGCCUUCAGGGCUUAGCCGGAAUAUUCUCUCCACACCGAUUACAUCAAGACUACCAAGCCGGCAUGCGGCGUCUACUACACGGUCAUACGCUACUUCCGACCGACUCCCGAAGAUCGCAGACGCCUCAGUAUGGACGUCAAUGAUUCCCAGGUUCAUUCGAGAUCGCAAAUCACGCCAGACCAAGAAAUCUAAGGAAUGGAACCCGGCCACAUUUUACAUCGUCAUGUUCACUCUGAUUGGAUCACAAGCCAUCCGUAUGUUGUCAUUGAAGAACAGCUAUGCGACAUACACCCGCACUACGGAUGCCAAGAUCGAAUUGUUGAAAGAAGUCAUUGAACGGAUCAAGAGUGGGGAGAAAAUCGAUGUCGAGAAGUUGUUAGGGACAGGAGAUGACGCGCAGGAGCGAGAAUGGGAAGAAGUCCUGAGAGAAAUCGAGCAAGAAGAUACACUAUGGCAGCAAAGAAACAACAAAGAGGCAAAGAAGGAGCCCACCGAAGCCAAGAUGGAGGCCACACAAACUCCCAAGGCCAAAGAAUCAGUGCCGGCCGUAGCCAGUGCAGAUGAGAACACGACAACCCAGCCCAAACGGAAGUUGAACUUCUUUUAA